GGAAUGUAAUUUACCUCCUAAAAAGAGAAAGGAUGCAAACAUGGUUGAAGUUUAUUCUAACCUUGAUUCAGAAAAUGAAGAAGAAAACUAUGAAGAAGUUUAUGCUACUCCAAGAGUAAGGGUUACUCCGUAUACUAUCAACAGGAGGAAUGCCAAAGAAAGAAGUAAAAGGAUGUCUGAAUCUCAACAAGAAAUGAGAUUGAGAAAUAGAAGUAUAAGUAAACCAAUUCCUUUUACUACGCCAAUGAAUAUCGAGAAAGAAACUUCAACUUUAAAGGAUAAGAAACCUCGAAGAAAAAUACUACGCACCCCCUCUGCUGUCAACUAA